UCUUCGCACGACUGAUUAUUGAGUUGAUUGUUUUUUUUUUUUUUUAAUAUAUACUGUGGUUGUUGUUGCCGGCAGCCCUGCGUGUUUUCCCUUCCUUUUUGGAAUCGGCGACCUACCCCGCGCUCACCAAUGUCCUAUCCUCAGGGUUACCUCUACCAGCCCCCGGGCUCUUUGGCUCUUUAUUCUUGUCCGGCUUACGGGGCCUCGGCUCUGGCCGCCCCGAGGAAUGAGGACCUGGCGAGGUCGUCCUCCGGCUCAGCCUUCAGCCCUUACCCUGGAUCGGCUGCUUUCUCCGCCUCUGCCGGUGCAGGCUUCUCCAGUCCCCUGUCAUACUCCACGGAUCCCACCACGGGAUUCCCAUCCUACAUGAGCUCUCCUUAUGACGCGCACACGACGGGCAUGGCAGGGGCAUUAAGUUACCACCCAUAUGGGAGUCCCGGGUACCCGUACCAGCUCAACGACCCGGCUUACCGCAAAAACGCCACCAGGGACGCCACGGCCACCCUGAAGGCCUGGCUGCAGGAACACAGGAAGAACCCAUACCCGACGAAAGGGGAGAAGAUCAUGCUGGCCAUCAUCACCAAGAUGACCCUGACGCAGGUCUCCACAUGGUUCGCCAACGCCAGGAGGAGGCUGAAGAAGGAGAACAAGAUGACCUGGGCGCCCAGGAAUAAGAGCGAGGAUGAGGACGAGGACGACGGGGAUGGAGAGAGGAAAGAGGUGGAGCGCUCGGAGAAAACCCUGGAUAACAGCGAGGCUUCGGCGGAGGAUGAAGGGAUCAGCUUGCACGUCGACACUCUGACUGACCACUCCUGCUCUGCGGAAUCGGACGGGGAGAAAGUCAGCUGUCGGGUGGGAGAUCUCGGCUCCGACCAGGCCGGGGACAAGUGCGACGAUGACGGCGAGGACCAGGACCACGAGCAGCGCGUCCAGCUCUCCCCGAAACCCGUCACGUCGUCGCCGCUGACGGGAGUCGAGGCGCCGGUUCUCAGCCAACACCACCACCAACAUCACCUCCAUCACCACCACCACCUGCACCAUCUCCACAAUCUGCACAACCAACGCGAGGAUUUGACCCGGAGCCUCGUCAACAACAACAACAACAUUAAUAAAUCGUCGUCCUGCCUUGACAGCAGAAUUACGCCUUCUUCGGGGGCGCCGCAAAACCCCACUGUCAAGCCCAAACUGUGGUCGCUUGCGGAGAUUGCGACAUCGGACCAAAAGCAACAACAUCAGCAACAGCAACUGGGGCAGCUAGGGCAACCGAAUUGCCCCUCCUCCAGCGUUGGGCUCCUUACUCCCCCCACGCCAUCCACCACCUCCCCGGCUGCCAGUUCGCCCUCCCUCUACCCGGCCCCCUCCAUCCUGGGAAGACCUAUUUAUUACACUUCUCCCUUUUAUAGCAAUUACACAAACUAUGGCAACUUCAGCCCCCUGCAGGGCCAAGGGAUCCUGCGGUAUACUAAUUCAUCUGGAGUGAGUCUGGCUGCUGCUGCCGCCGCUGCUGCUGCUGCUGCAAACGAGGGUCUCAGCUCAUCUCACCAGGCGCUGGAGGCGAGCGCAAACCCCAAACACAGGCCAGACUCCCCCCUCGUUAAAACUAACCCAAACCAGAUUGUUGCUGUGGAGCAGCAGCAGCAGCAGCAUUUCAGACCCGCAAAUUUAGAGGCAAAGAAAGGUACGUAAUAACGCGGUACAUUGUAAAGAGAAAAAAAAUCAAAA